AUGCAGCCAUCGAAUCAAAAACCGAAAACGUUGACUUUAGACGCAUGGGAGUCUAAAUCACCCUUAAAUUUAUCCGGAAAGAAGAGUUUAGCCGUUAUCAAUAACGCUAGCGCUGAAUUUACACGCCCAUACCCAGAUAGCUUCGCUAAACCGUUGGCUAACAAAGCUCCCACGUCCUAUUUGAGUACACCAUUGGAAGCUAGCACACCGCAACCACAGACGACAGCAACAGCGACGAAGACGAUCAACCCAAAUCAGCUUAUCACAACCCCUCAGCAAUUCUUUGAAUGGUUUGAACAAAUUGAGAAAUCUAUAGACGAGGAACAUGAAUCUAAAUACCAAGUACACCUCAAUAAACUCAAUCAGGAUUUAGAUUUGUACGGUGAGAUACUUGAAAAGGUUAAUCAUUUAGAAAAUGAAAUCAAUAGAAUGCGCAAUGAAUGGCAAACUAUAGACGAUGGUACAGACUCCCUUAAAAGUGCUUGCCAAAAGUACAUGGAUGAGAGAGACGAUUUGAUAGCCUUAAAGGAGAGACUAGAAGAACAAGAGAGUCAAGAGGAAUAAUCUAUUCAUUAGAAAUAUCUACAAUUACAGCAUCUAAUUCAUCACUUCCAUCAUCAAUUUCAUUAUAGAAUUUACUAAUUGUACUAUUAGCAGCAUUCACGUGUAUCGUGAAGGUGUUAUCAUCAUAUUCUACGACUUUAUAUCCGC